ACCCCUUACUCCUCGGAGAAACUUUACCAGAGCUACUUCCGCCGUCAGAGACAGCGGAACGUACCGACGCUGCUGACGUUCGCCGCUCUCUUUAACGGCUUCGUGGUGGUCACGAGCGCCGUCGCGUACGCCGAGCGCAAGCGGGCUAUGGUGGCGGCGGCCGCCGUCGCCCUGGCCGCCGACGUGCUAUUCCGCGAGCUGUAUCGGCGCCAGAAGCUACCCGCCUCGGCGGUGUGGCGAGGGGCCGUCCCGUACGUUCUGUGGCUGAUGGUCACCCUCCACGUGCUGUUCUACACUGGACUCAACUUCCGCCGCGUGCCCCACGCCAGCGACGCGGCCGGCUGGCAGGCUUUUUUCACUUUUUCCGUCUUCUUGACUCUGCCGCUCAACUUGCCGGCCCUGCUGCUCCUCUCGGGGCUUUCCUGCGGGAUCCACAUCCUGGUUCUCGGGGUGACCGUGGCUCAGAGGCUGGAGGGGGGCUUGGACGGGCCCAUGCUGGUCAGGCAGCUCCUGGCUAGCGCCAUGCUGUACCUGUGCGCCGCCGCCGUGGGCGUCAUGUCAUACUGCAUGUCCGACGGGAAGUACAGGACUGCCUUUUUAGAGGCCCGUCAGUCGCUGGAGGUCAAACUCACGCUGGAGGAGCAGAGCACACAACAGGAGGAAUUACUGCUGUCCAUCCUGCCGAAACACAUCGCGGAUGAGAUGCUGCAAGGCUUGAAGAAUCAGGCCAAUGAGGUCCAACAGCGGCAGCGAGUGCAGCAACAGCAGCAAUUCAACACCAUGUACAUGUACCGCCACGAACACGUCAGCAUCCUGUUUGCCGACAUCGUGGGCUUCACGCAACUGUCGUCCACCUGCAGCGCUCAGGAGCUGGUCAAGCUCCUCAACGAGCUCUUCGCUCGUUUCGACAAACUGGCCGAACGACACCAUCAACUGCGGAUCAAAAUCUUAGGCGACUGCUACUACUGCAUCUGCGGUCUUCCCGACUUCCGAGAGGAUCACGCCGCCUGCUCCAUCAUGAUGGGGCUCUCCAUGGUGGAAGCCAUCUCUUACGUGCGAGAAAAGACCAAAACGGAAGUGGACAUGCGAGUGGGCGUGCACACCGGCACGGUGCUGGGCGGAGUUCUGGGACAGAAGCGCUGGCAGUUUGACGUUUGGUCCACGGAUGUCACCGUCGCCAAUAAAAUGGAGUCCGGGGGGAUUCCGGGGCGGGUGCAUAUUUCCCAGAGUACCAAGGAAAGUCUCCGCGGGGAGUUUGAACUGGAGCCGGGCAACGGCGGCGAGAGGUGCGAGUACCUGCUGGAGAAAGGCAUCGCCACUUAUUUGGUGCUGCUUCCGAAAAAGACGGCGGAUAACCUCCACGGAAAACCGAGUGUUUUGUCGACCGCAAAGUCACGGCGUUUGAUCGACGCCACGUCAAACGGGAACGUAGCAUCGAUAUCGCCGGCGUCGGAGUCUCGUCUCGAGAGGUGCCGUUCGGUGGCGGAACACGUGAUCAACACGCGACUCCGUCGGGAGCUCCAGGAGAGAGAAACGCAGCAAAUAUUGAAGAACGUCAUCCGUCCCGUCACCUUGAGCUUUGUGGACGGACAGCUGGAAGCCGACUUCUCCUCGGAGAAGGAGAAGCGGAGCGGGGCGGCCUUCUGCUGCUGCGCCGUCGUCUUGUUCUUCAUCACCGUAAUGGAGGUCUUCAUCGACCCGCUACUGGUGGCGAACUACGUGACGCUGGCCGUCGGAGAAGUACUGCUACUGAUCCUGACCGCGUGCUCCGCGGCGGCCUUCUUCCCUCGGUUUUUUUGCAAGAAGCUGGUGUCCUUUUCUUUGUGGAUGGACCGCACGCGCUGGGCGAGAAACACCUGGGCCGCGGCGGCCAUAUUUGUAGUCACCAUGGCCGCCAUUGCCGACAUGCUGAGCUGCGUUCCGCCGCGUCGGCGUCCCUUCAACGGCACGUCGACCGUGCUGGGCGAAUGCGCCGAGAACCCCAAGCACUACAGCUUCGCGGCCGUCAUGGCGUUGAUGGCCGCCGCCGCCCUAGUGCAGGUGGGCCACCUGAUCAAACUGGGCCUGAUGGCCCUGGUCGUCACGGCGACGGGGGCGGUCAACAUCCACGGUUGGCGGGAUAUCUACGAUUUGUACGACUUUGUGCACUUUGCGUCCCACAGAACAUCUAUGGUCCCAUCCAAAUACCUCAUGACCGCGAUGACCAUCGUAAUGAUGCUCAGCCUCUACCUGUUUUCCCGCCACUCGGAGUGCCAAUCCAGGGAGUUGUUCCUUUGGAAGGUGGGUGUACACCAACAGAAGGAGAAGGUGUUGGAGAUGAGACGCUGGAACGAAGCACUGGUCACCAACAUGCUGCCCGAGCACGUGGCCAAGCACUUCCUGGGCACCAAAAAGCGAGACGAGGAGCUGUACAGCCAAUCGUACGAGGAAGCGGGCGUGAUGUUCGCCUCCAUCCCCAACUUCUCCGACUUCUACACCGAAGAGAGCAUCAACAACGGAGGCCUCGAGUGCCUGCGGAUCCUCAACGAGAUCAUCUCCGACUUUGACGGCUUACUAGACAAGGACGAAUUCCGCAACAUCACCAAGAUCAAGACAAUCGGAAGCACCUACAUGGCGGCGUCGGGACUCGCCCCGAAACGCGGCGCCGGCGGACACCGGGAGCGGACGCCGGCGGAGAACUGGCGGCACCUCGCCGAUCUGGCGGACUUUGCUCUGGACAUGAAAGUCACCCUCGACAACCUCAACAAGCAGUCCUUCAAUAACUUCAUGCUCCGAAUCGGUCUCAAUAAAGGCGCCGUUCUGGCCGGCGUGAUCGGCGCUCGCAAACCUCACUACGAUAUCUGGGGCAACACGGUCAACGUGGCCAGUAGGAUGGAGUCCACCGGCGUCAUGGGAAACAUACAGGUGGUGGAGGACUGCUACGACAUCCUCAAGUACUACGGCUUCCGCUUUGUGCGAAGGGGGCCCAUUUUUGUCAAAGGGAAAGGUGAACUUCUCACCUUCUUCAUGAAGGGGAAAGAGCAAAACACAAGCCGCGUUGUUCCAACGACGACUCUUCCGCACCAAGUGAUCGAGAGUCGCUGCUGCAUGGAGGGACCUCAGAUCUUCACAAAGAUGGAGGAGUAUCGGGCCCAGACAGAUUCAGCAUUGUCCUGCAUGACAGAGCACCCUGGAUUUACUGCUAACUGUCUGAACCAGUGGGUACUUGAGGUGCAGUACAAACAACAGUACGAGGAAACACUGGAACUUGCACAAAAUGAGUAG